UUCAUUUAUAUAAUUCAUUGAGUUUUCUGUUCUGUUGACACUAGAAGAUGCCAUUUGACACUUGAUCGGCGCAGUGUCACUUCCGGGAAGAAGAGGAGCCGGCCUGCGAGCAACGGAGCAAAGCAACGCACAACGUUCUGGUGACGUCGAAGAUGACGGCGGUGGCGAUGCCUCCCGCGAUGGCCCACAACAACAGCGGUGGAAUGAUACAAGUGGUGAACGAGAAUAAUUUAAGUAAGAUAGAGAGCUUCCUCAACGACACGGCUUACAGAGAAGCCAUUGAGAAUUCCUCCAAUUACAAUAGCAGAUUAUGCCGGGAACGACGUCUUCGCAUGCCCUUCCUCGACUCGCAAACGGGUGUGGCACAGAAUCAUUCUGCACUUUUUAUGUCCUCGAGAGAAAGAUUACCAGGAUUGUUAAAUGGUCAAAUUUACACCUAUCCAAGCAAAAGAUGGCGAAAGAAACGACGGCAAUACUUGAUGCACUAUCUACAUCCAAAACGAGGACCAAGAGGUGAUACAGAGGAUGGAACAGAAGGCAUCGAAGCUGUUACGCACAUAAAUGACGAUAGCAAAGAUUCAGUAGUACUUAAAGACGAACAUAGUAAAGAUGCUUGGUAUUAUGAUGAACAAGAUAUGUUAGACAUGGAUGCUUACGAUGAACCUGAUCCUGAUAGUGAUUAUGAUUAUGAAGAGAGUUAUAGUAGUAAACGAAAACGCAGGAAAACACGUGGAGGUGGUCACCAUCCUGCUCGUAAUCAUCCACCUUCGACAGAUAGCCCAGGCGGCAAACGAACAAAGGGUGGAGGCCGCGGACGCAAAAAAGCCAACUACGACUCUGUUGACACUGAUAAACCAUUCGUUUGUGACCUAUGCAGCGCACGGUAUAAGACCAGACCUGGUCUGGUCUACCAUUACGGUCAUUCCCACUCUACUUCCUCUGGUGAUCCUGCUAAGGAACUAAGUCCCAGUCCUGCCGAAGUUGAACCUAGGAGCGUUGCAGACACCGCUGCUUCGAACCAGCCAGGUGGUACGCGUCGGGGUCGUCAGAACGCUACUUCCUCGAGUACCUCGAGUCCCUCCCCGGCGGCGCCUGCCGGCGCCUCCGCUGGGGGAGCGACGGCGCUGCCAUCGCAACAAUCCCAGCAGCAGCAGCAGCAGCUGCAACCGACGUCCUCGCAGCCGCCCAUCGCGCCGGCGUCGCCGUCCACCAUCUCGGCGAGCAAGGAAGAUCACCUGCCCGCGGCGUCCUCGCCCGGCGGCACCGUCUGUCCGUCGCUCUCCUCCACGGAGACCGGGGCAGGAGGCUCGCCCAACCCCGGAGGUGCUGGAGGAGGAGGAAGUGCAGGAGGUGGCGGUCCGGGUGGACCGACCGGCGCCGAGAAGAAGCCCGGCGGCAAGUCGUCCGCCGCCCAACCGUCCCCGUACUGCGACUUCUGCCUGGGGGACGCCCGCGAGAACAAGAAGACAGGCGGAUCCGAGGAGCUGGUGUCGUGCAGCGACUGCGGCCGCUCAGGGCAUCCAACGUGUUUGCAAUUCACUGCAAAUAUGAUCGUUUCUGUUCGCAAGUACAGGUGGCAAUGUAUCGAAUGCAAAUGUUGCUCCAUUUGCGGCACCUCUGACAACGAUGAUCAGUUGCUGUUCUGUGACGACUGUGAUCGUGGAUACCACAUGUAUUGUCUGGCUCCUCCUCUUGCGUCACCUCCGGAGGGCUCCUGGUCGUGCCGCUUGUGCUUAGCCGAAUUUCAUCGCCGUGAUUAAGUUCACUCUCUGGGAUAGUAUAUAGAUAUAUACAUAUAUAUAUAUAAGUCACGGAGCUAUCCUUGCUAUCGCUGUGGCAUACAACGUCUUGGUCGUCUUAUUAGGAGAAUUAGGAGAGUAUUCGCGAGAGCUCACUCGUACACCUAAGAUCUCUUCUUUUCGACUGAACUGGCAGCACUAGUUCAGAGUUUAUCUUUUUUACUCCACAUUGGAGGGAAAGAGAUAAACUCUGAACUAGUGCAGCCAGUUCAGUGAAAAAGAACAGAUAGUAUUAUAUAAUACAGACACCCCAAACUUUUGGAGGGGAAAGAAGAAAAAAAAGGAAAGUUCAUUGAUCAUUAUUUAUUACAAAAUUUAUAUUGACAUAUUAUUAUCAGCUUCUUGUUACAUUAUGUUGAUGAUAAUAAUAAUAUAAUGACGAUAAUAAUUAGAGAAGAAUACAUUUAGCGUAAUCUGUCAUUAUCUCAGGCACUUGGUGAUCUCGACGAGAUAAAGAUGUAAGGAGACACAUAUUUAUAUAUAAUUUAAUCGAGAUAGUUUUUAGAAUAUAUAUAUAAGUGUAUAAAGAUACAACUCAUAUAUAAUUUGAUCGACUGUCAACAGAGUCCUGUAAGGAGAACGAACAGAGAGAUUAUUAAUUUUAAAGGCGAAGACGGAGUUCGAUUUACUGAUGAUCUUAGAUUUUACAUUCGUGUACCGAACAAAGUGUAUUUUUUGCUCAUUUUAUGAACUGACACAUACGUACACACACACACAUAUAUA